AUGGCAGAUGCGGUGGAUCCAGCCCAUGUUGCAAGCACCUUGUCUUGGAUCGGAACAGCCCUGUCUUUCAUCGGCUAUUGGGUUGGCGUCGUCGUUUGGCAGCUUGCCAGUACAGUCGGAUACGUCUUGUAUCUUCUGUCUCAGCCAUUGAUCUUCAUCCUUCAACCUUUUGGAUACUUGGGUCGCUUCCUAUUGGCAUGUCUGCUUUGGCCUUUCCAACUAAUCGCCAAAUUUGAGACAAUCUACAUUUACUUGGGUAUUGCAGCUAUUGUCGGCCUCACGGGAGGCUUGAUAGUGCGAACGACGUAUGGAUGGCUUUACAAACUGCUCCAACUGGACAGCAAAACUACCCCCAAGCAACCCAAACCGAGGACAGCAAAGCAAUACCGAGAGGAGAAGCAGAAGAAGAAGAUGCGAGAUGAUCCGGAUUCGGCCCGUCACAUUUCGCCUGGAGCGGUGUCGUCAGGUUACAUAAGUGUGUCUGAUGGCAGUCGCAGAGGACAGUCUCGGCGAAGCUUGUAUGCGCAAACGAUCAUGGAGGAGGGAGACUCUGAUAUUUGA